AACUGCGAAUCGCUGAACUCAGCAUUUCCCACCUUUUUCAAUUGGAAAAUGGCGACAAUUUCGAAGGCGAAGGCCAAUGCGAUGGCGGCCUUCCAAAAGCUUCAUCAGGAGAGUCGACUAGACUUCGACGCUUCGGUGAGCACUGAUUGGAGCUCCUCGGCGGGACCUCACCGCGUCGAACGACCAAUGAUGGCAGGGGGCCAUCCGCACGUCAUGUGUUUGUCGCACAAUGUGAAGGCACCAAAGUGGUCCUUCACAUCUCGCGAUUGUUCCACCGAUUGCAAUCUUGGCGUGAAGCAUCCCGUGCCGGGGCCUGGCACCUAUGAGUUAUCCCCUUCGGAGAAUGCGGCCAAGACCUUUCGUCGCCCGCCGAAGUUUAGCUUCGGCUCGGCGGGGCGAAAUUUGGUGGGCGUGCGGCCCCUGUGGCAGGAGAAGCAGCCACCCGGUCCCGGUGCGUAUGGUGGUAACUUCACAACCUUUGGUUACUGACUGGGUGGCGGCAGACGCACAGAUUCACUGAGCUGAGAGUAUAUGGGUGUUUCCUGCCUGGAUGUACAUCUCAGUUUCCUGCCUGGAUACAACAAGCCAAGUGCAUAUGGGGUAGACGCCAGUUGUUUUC